AUGGAAAAAAACUUAAGCACAUCAAAGAACAAUUCUAUUGCAGAUUUUACACAGAUUUCUUUUAUAGACAGAAUUGAACAAGAUGUACCAAAGACUAUUACAAAAAAAACAAUUUAUCUUUACAUUUUAGGACUAAUUAUUUCUAUAACAAUAAGUGUAUACAUUCUUAUUUUUUUAAUUUUGGAUGAAAUUAAAAAUCCAUCUACCAUGAAGAUGGUAUUUUUUAUGUAUGAAUUACUUUAUUUUACAAGUACAGCCAUUUCAAUAUGGUUACUUUUUACUUUAGCGAUUUAUUAUAUUGAGCUAGUAAAUGUAAACUUAAAUACAUUUACUGAAAUUAUCUUAAAAAAAAUGAAAACAAGAAUCGUAAAUGUAACAUCUUUAUUUGUUGUAUCCUUAAUAAUGAAAAAUUUUGAAAAUUUAAUUAUAGGCAUGAGUGUUAAUUCACAAACAUCCUCAGCACAUCCUGUAAAUUUAUUUAUUAGGAUUCAAGAUUUUUUAAUAACUAAUUUUAUUAAGAUGUUAUUAUGUUUUGCUAUUAUAUUGUUAUUAAUGACAGUAAGACGUAUUCUUUUAUUGGGUGUUGAAUAUACAAUAAAUCGGAGUAAUUAUUACAAAAUACGUGCAAAGAAUAAUCAAGACCUUGAGGUAAUAUUUUUUAUUAAUUCGGUGACAGGUAAAGAAUUAGUUUAUAACUCGGAAAAAUGGAUAAAAAAUGUUUUUAAAAAAUUAUCGCCUAAAAGACAACCUUUGACUUUUGAAACACUAAAUUAUUUUUUUGAUAAUAAAGAUACGAAAAAAAUUAUGGAUCUUUUCGAUUUACAUAAAAAUAAUUGUAUUCCUGAAUACCAAUUUAAAGCUGUGUGGCAAAAUGUUGUACAAACAAAAGAAAAUAUUCGAACAAUGUUUUCACAUAAAGACGACAUUCCCGACAAAUUAGGCAUUUUUACUUUUUUUGUUUUUUUAAUAUUAGGAAUUUUUUCAAUAUUUGUAAUUAUUAAUAAGCAACAGGCAUUUACAUCCCAUGUAGCUAUAUAUUUUAGUUGUUUUUUAUCUUUAACUUUUAUUUUUGGUGGUGUACCAGGGGAAUUAUUUAAAUCUAUUGUUCUUAUUUUAUUUAUAAAACCCUUUGAAAUUGGUGACCUGAUAGAAUUUAAUGGUAAAAAAUAUUUGGUUAAAGAAAUAGGUUUGAUGUACACGACAUUACAACACAAAUCAUUGGCAGUUGCAUGGCCAAAUGUGAAAAUUGCUGAACAGGAUAUAAUAAAUUAUAGAAUAACAGAAUACAUAGAAAAGACUUAUACGUUUAAUUAUAACAUUAAAAUAUACGAAAAAAAUUUUUACGUCUUAAGAGAAAAAAUAAGGAUUUUGUUAAAAAGGAAAGCUUAUACUUUUAGUAAAAAAGUAAAUAUAAAAAAUCUUAGACUACUUGAUGAACAGAACGUAGAAUUUCAAAUAACAAUAUUUGUUAAUUUACACAGUAUUAAUUAUGAACUAGAAGUUGAUCUUUUUACUAUUGAACUUAAUAAUUUAAUAAAAGAUAUUGAACAGAACCAUAUAAGCGAUACACAACGAAUUAGUACAGUAAAAGAAAUUUAA